UUUAUUUUUUUCUGGAACAUUCUUAAAACGAAAAAUUGAAAGUGACACAAGUAAGGAUAGAAACUCCUUUUUUUUUAUCGAUCAAUCAAACUACUUGACGAGUACACGUGAUUUUUUAUUUUUUUUAUUUUUUUGUACAGAGCUGCUCAGCUCAUCGUGCUAUUUCUGUUCGCAUUCAUUAAUAAACUAGCUCCCCGUGUCAGAAUUAAAUCGCAGAAAAUCGUAAAACCAAACGAUACUUUUGUAUAUAUAUAUAUGUAUAUAACCUCCUCGUCAGUGCGUGUAUAUGUGUAUGUGGUCAACAAGGUCGAUGAUGCAUAUAUACAUAUAUUAUGAAUAUAUAGAUAUGAACGUUACGAUGACAGUUCAACACGUCAGUUUGCGCGGUUGCGGACGUUGCGGUGUGUUUCUUAUCCUCUGCUUCUUCGUCUGAGCCAGUGAGAGUGUAAAAACAGACACUGAGUUUCAAUAACUGCGUCGAUGCGAUUAAGCUAAAAUUUAUCAAACCGAAGGAAAGUAAGUGUGACACGUACGACCUAUUGUGUUUAUGUAAACACAGAAAGGUGCGCGAGAACAAGUAGAUAUACACUUAUCUCGCGUAAUAAAUCGGCAAUCGGUGGUUGAAAAGUAAAAAAGUGUACAUGAAAAUUUCGGACGAACGCCGGUGCAGCAGUGUGGACGUGCAGCGAACGGAGCAACGAUGCGCUCGAGGAAGAGGCUCUUGCUGGCUGUGUUGGUGAUUGUUUUCCAAGUGUUGGUCUGUUUGGCCGUUGAACCGUUACCUGCGGCUGGAAAGAGCCAUGUGGAUGAUGCCAAGGUUCCCGAGGCCGAUUCGCCGCAAAUUGCGCAGCAGCAAAAGGAUGUUGUUGCUGCCGAUGCAUCAGGCACGGUCAACAUAACCUCGAAACAUGCUGCUGAAGCUUCUGCUCCUGAUGCUGCUGCUACUGUCCAGCCUUCUGUGGAGCAUGCUGCUCCAAUGGAUACUGCUACCUUGAAUGUGGGUGCUAUGAAAAGAGCAAUCAUUGUUACCUGUGGAUUCAGUGUGCUUGUCAUGAUGUACCUUGCGUUUAGAAGUUUGAGGGUUAAUAAAGCGAGACCUCAAAUGGUCAGAAAGUAUGGAAUUCUUGCACAUCGACAAGAUGUUGAAAUGCGACCGUUACCCUUGGAUGAAGAUGAUGAGGAUGAUACUACUAUAUUUGAUGCAAGUAAUAUUUCUGCAAAAAGAUUGGUGACGUGAGAUGUAUGAGUAUAUAUUUAUUUUUCUACUCCAUGAGGACAAAAGAUCAUACAAUCUUAGUGAUUAUUGAAACAAGUAGAAAUUAUAAACAAGUAAGAAAUUAAAAGACUGAGUUUAUAAAACAAAGAAAAUAAUCGUGUUUUCAAAGCUGUUUCUGAAAGAUUUAUAAAUAAGCUUGGCCUAUCAAAGAAAUGAUAUAAACUUGUAAAGUCACGCUUUGUGGAAACACUUUUUGCCUAAGUCACAUCUGAUGUGGUGUUUUUUCUUACACUAGAGUUUUCUUGUUUAUUAACGACGUGUGAUAUCAUACAUGUGCAAAUGUAAAAAGCAACUGCUUGAUUAUACAGCCAUAAAUAAGAAUGUUAUUAAUAACUAUUAAGCGAAUAAUGUAUAUUUUAUGUAACAAAAAUAUAUCUAAAGAAUUAAUCACUUAUAAAUACAAUGUAAAUUAUAUGUUUUGGAUUUAUCUCAUCGUUAUUUAAUACAAGCUGUAUAUUGUAAGUUUUUUUUGUUUGUUUCAAACGCAAUGUGCUGCUCGAUCCUAGACCUCGAUCUGUAAUUAUAUUAUCAACUAUAAAAAAUAAUACUCCUCAAGUCUGUCAAGUAAUACAACUAUAGUUUGUUUCUGAUUGUCAAUGUGCGUAUGUACAUCCACUUUGUUGAUUUAUUUUAUAAAAAAUGCACAGAUGCUUGUCUAAAACACAAAUUGUAUUAUAUAAUAUUCUAAAAUGAUAAGAAAAAAAAAAAAAAACUA